AUGCCUCCCCCCUCUCCGCUCUCCGCACUGUUCAUUUUACCGAACAACCCUAGCAUUGACGUGCGAUUGCCACGCUAUCUCACCGGUCAGGCUCGUCUCAUUCCCUUCAUGGUAGAUUCUCCUCCCUCCAAGGGCCGACGCGAUCCGGCGACCGCGGCGGAACCAUCCCUGUCCAGACACAGCACAUCCCUACAAGAGCUCGGUCUCGACGACCAAGAGCUGACGGAGAACUACGUACCCCCGCCCGCGUACGGCGAGUAUUACGGGGAGAUCCACGACGAAAGGAAUGGCACCGGCACCAGCGCUCAGAUCACAGAUGACGGCCGGAUCGCUAUCCGUAUCAACCACUUCAGCCGCCAGCUGUCCCAGAUCCUUGCCCCAGCCCUCCACCAACACGUCCAGGACGUCGAAGACAGCCGCGAGCUCCCUCCCGUAUAUGUGCCUCCAUCCCUGGGCGGCGACCCGUGCGUGCCUCCUCCGCCGUCCUUGAACAUCGUCAUCCAGGUCGUGGGCUCGCGCGGCGAUGUCCAACCCUUCGUCGCCCUAGGUAAGGUCCUCAAAAACGUCUAUAGGCAUCGCGUACGGCUCGCGACGCACUCCACCUUCAAAGAAUUUGUCGAGCAGCAUGGCCUGGAGUUCUUCAGCAUCGGCGGCGACCCGACCCGGUUGAUGGCCUUCAUGGUCAAGAACCCCGGCUUGCGGCCGGGCUUCCGCAGCAUGAUGAGCGGCGAUGUCAGCCAACAAAGGAAACACGUGGCGGAAUACAUUCAGGGCUGCUGGCGGUCCUGUUACCGCGCCGACGAUGGCACCGAGGACGGCAGUUCCGAGCCCGCAGGCAGUGACGACGCUGGCUCCAGGCCUUUCCGCACCCCCCUGGCCAAUAUCCAAUCCUCCAACGCCGAUCCGCAGCUGACCAACUACAUCAGCUAUGCAAUGGUGGAACUCCUCUCGUGGCAGGGUCUCGGCGACAUCAUCAACCGCUUCCGUGUCAAAUGUCUCGCGCUAGAUCCGAUCAGCACGAUCUGGGCCCCCGGGAUGCUUCAGCGGCUCCGGAUCCCACACACCUACUGCUGGUCGCCGGCGCUGAUCCCCAAGCCUACCGACUGGGGCGCGCACAUCUCGGUCUCCGGGUUCUACUUCCUCGAGAUGGCCUCGGCGUACACCCCGGCCCGCGACCUGCAGGCCUUCCUCGACGCUGGCCCGAAUCCCGUCUACAUCGGCUUCGGCAGCAUCGUGCUGGACGACCCGGACACGCUGACGGAGCUGAUCUUCACCGCGGUGCGCAAGACGGGCCAGCGCGUGCUCCUCUCCAAAGGCUGGGGCGGGAUGGGUGCCGACGAGCUGCGAAUCCCCGAGGGCGUCUUCAUGCUGGACAACGUACCGCACGACUGGCUCUUCGCACAGGUAGCCUGUGUCGUGCACCACGGCGGCGCGGGAACCACCGCCGCGGGCAUCGCAGCCGGCUGCCCGACGGUGGUGGUGCCCUUCUUCGGUGACCAGCCGUUCUGGGGCGCGAUGAUCGCGCGCGCCGGCGCCGGCCCGCGCCCAAUCCCCCACCGCCAGCUGACCGCCGACAACCUGGCUGAGGCGAUCGAGUUCUGCCUGACCCCACGCUGCCGGGAGCGCGCCGCCGCCCUCGCCCGCACCAUUGCCGCUGAGCGCGGCACUGCCGCCGGCGCCCAGUCGUUCCACCAAUUCCUCGACCCCAGCCGGCUGCGCUGCACGGUCGCCCCCUCGCGCGCCGCCGCCUGGCGCCUCCGCCGCACGCAGCUGGCCGACCUCAAGCUCUUCCGCGCCCAGGAGUACGCCACCGACGGGGGCCCCUGGGACCCCAUCUCCGGCGGCUUCACCGCCUUCGUGCGCGCGUUCAACGGUAUGACCAUGGGGCUCGCGGACAUCCCGGCCGAGACGUGGCGUGGGCUACGCAUGCCAGCGGCGGGACGUAGCAGCCGCCGGCAGAGCCUGGCUGCAGGGGACGCGCCUCGCGACAUGCUACAGCCGACGGGAGUGCACGUGAGCAAUGGCGCCGGCCGGUUCGUCAAGGCGAUGGUGCAGGGGCCGGUGGACAUGUCGGUGAACUUCGCGCGGGGGUUCCACAACAUGCCGCGGCUGUGGGGGGACGAGACGGUGCGGCCGCAAGAGCGGGUCAGUGACUUCAAGUCCGGGGUCAAGGCAGUGGGCCGCGAGUUCGGCUACGGCUGGUAUGACGGGGUGACGGGGCUGGUGACGCAGCCGUGGCGCGGCGCGCAGAAGGGGGGCGCCGGCGGCUUUGUGAAAGGCAUCGGCAAGGGCUUCGGCGGCUUCAUCGCCAAGCCGAGCGCGGCGCUGUUCGGCAUCCUGGGCCACACAAUGCAGGGCGUCAGUAAGGAGGUGCAGAAGCUGUUCGGCAGCGACGUGCAGAGCUAUAUCAUCGCGUCGCGCGUCGCGCAGGGCUACGAGGAGUGGCUGCAGGCGUCCGAGGCGGAGAGGCAGGACGUGAUCACACGGUGGAAACUGAUGCAGAAGGAUCUGAAGAAGAGGCAGGACCCCAUGGAGGGAGUGCGACGCGCCCAGACAGCACAGCAACGGGCGAAUGCAGACAGCAGUGCAGAGGCCUGGACCCACCACCGCAGCAGCACGAUGCCGGACGUGGAUCAGUCGGAGUCGACGCUGCAGACGAGCGAGCCGUGGUCUGAAGCCCCGUGGGAGGAGGCGGCGGGCGUCCCGCCGAGCACAGAUACUGCGGAGGAUUACGAUACAGAGUUCGUGUCCGGCGUCGAGCCCCAACAGCACAUUCCUCCGCCGAAUGGGGACGUACGCGAUGAGAAAACCUCGCAGGAGAAGUCGAGAGAAGAGGUAGUAUUAGCAUACGUCAAGGAGCAGAGUCUCUUAGAAAUACAGUAUAAAAACAAAGGUAAGGUUAGUGCGACGGCGACAGAGGUUGAGGACGAUGAGGACUUGCGGAAAGCGUUGACAUUGAGUAUGCAAGAAUAUGAACAUCGAUACAGAUAG